GCCCAGGCCGAGCCUGAUUAGGCCGAGCCGAGCCGGGCCCAAGUCAGGGCCUGACCACAGCCCAGGGCCCGGCUUGAGCUGUUGGAAAGCCGAAGCCGGCGGCUCAAGCCGUGGCUUUAUGUCCCUGCUCAUCCAUCAUCGAUAUCAAUGCAUCCUUACUUUAGGGAGUCGAAUCGUCUGUUACAGACUUCUGUGGACAUCCGGACAUCAGUCUCUUCCGCAAAUCCAACAUGCACAGGUCCGAUUUAUCCACGCACGCCGCAGGUGUUCAAUCCUAUGUAUGAUCGUGCGCACCUUGCAUUGAAGCCACUGCAAAUUUCUACGGGACUGCGAUAUCGAUUUGAAACUUUGAUAGGCGUCACUGGGUACAAGAUGGCAAAAUACAGACCACGAUGGUCGGAAGUUCUAAUGAUGGCCGGAAGUUCUAAUGGCAUCUUUGGAUGUCGCUUGGCGUCCUCAGUUUUUCUUCGUAGUUCUCUUUGAGACAACAAAUGUUGUCUUCAUGGGAUCUCCUCCUCCCGUCUGCAUAUUCG